UGCAACUCAUACCAUGAAUGAAUCAGAUAUAUCAUGUUUACUUGAAGUUGAUGGACAAUUUCAUCCUGUUAGUCAAUUCUUAUUGGGCAUCACAGCAAGAGUUUCCAAUAGUGACAAAAAGAUUGAAUUAGUGCAACACACACCCAAACGUGACAAAGGACCACAAAUGGUUCCAGUUCCAAAACCUAUUCGUGCAGGUGGAAAUUUGAACCUUAGUUCAGUUGGAUCAAACUCAAACAUUGUUACCUUUGAACGUAUUCAAUUUAAAACAGCAACAGCUAAUAAUGGAAAACGUCGCGCAGCUCAACAAUAUUAUGUUGUAAUGGUCGAUCUUUACGCACAAACAGAAAAUGGAGAACAAUACCGAGUAGCAACAUCAACUUCAGCACCUUUGGUCGUAAGAGGGCGUAGUCCUGGACAUUAUGCCGAUAAUCAUGACCGUUACAAUCCAAUGGGCAUGAAUCCAGCUUUCCCAAAUGAUCGUCAUAUUGGAUUUCCACAUCCUCAAGGACCAGGGGGAACACCAGUUAUGACACAGGAUUUUAGUGGACCUUUUCCAGGACCAUACAACCAAUACCCACCUUUUCCAGGGUUCCCCCCUGUUAACGGAGGGCCAAUGCGAAAUGACGCUUUAUUGAUGAUGCCGAAUGGACAAGCACCACAAUUUCAUCCUCAACAUCCACAUCAGCAAUACAUGGUACAAGGUAUUUCCGAUGGAGAAAACCCUAAUCCAGAUAUUACAUCCGCACAUGAAGGUUAUCAAUCCGAUACUGAGCCUCAUAGUAAUGGAUUAAAUCACAUGAAUGGACGACAAACAAGACCAGACGGUUCGUCAGAACAUAAUAAUUCAUCACAGAUUAAUGGUGAUAAAUCAGGACAUGAUUCAAAAUCACCUUUAUUAGCAAACGGCAAUAACAACACCACAAAUUACCGAAUUGGAAAAACAGAAAACACCGAUAAGCU